AUGCACAUGGUUCAUUCUAUGAGGAAACUGUGUCCGAAUUUGGACAAGGAAGAUGGGCUGGAGACGGUGUUGGAGGUGCCAAUACCGGAGGAGAUGUUCAACAAAAUGGGAAGCAACGCUGCCUUGAGGUGGAGGACUAUGCGAAAUCUGAUGAAAGCUCAACGCGCCAUUGACAGAUCAGCGAACCAUCCAGCGGCCACGUCGGGGAAUGAUCACUUUAUGUUGUUGCUGAAACUUGUUGGAUCAGCUUUUAUACCUUAUCAGGUCCAAACAGACCAUGCUGUUACCUUGCCUGUAAAGGAUGGUUCUAUUGAAGCUUCGACUGCAAAAUACAUUGUGCAACAAUAUCUAGCAGCAACAGGAGGGCUAGCUUUAAUCAAUGCUGUAAACAGCAUGUAUGCUGUGGGGCAAGUAAAGAUGGUUGUAGCAUCAGACGUGGACCAAAAUUCCCCUCAAAAUGCAAAACGAAGCUGCGAAGCUGGUGGCUUCGUGCUAUGGCAGAAGAACCCUGAUCUGUGGUACUUAGAGCUGGUUGUCUCAGGCUGCAAAAUAAGUGCUGGAAGCGAUGGAAAAAUAGGAUGGAGCCAAUCAUCCUCCAAUACAAGUGCUUCCAAAGGGCCUCCAAGACCUCUCCGAAGGUUCUUCCAGGGUUUGGAUCCAAGAUCAACGGCCAACUUAUUCUUAAACGCAGUUUGCAUUGGAGAAAAACCCAUAAAAAAUGAAGAUUGUUUCAUUCUCAAGCUUGAAACAACUUCAGACAUUCUCAAAGCACAAAGCACAACCAACACAGAAAUAGUCCACCACACAAUGUGGGGAUACUUCAGCCAAAGAACAGGCCUCCUCAUACAAUUUGAAGACACAAAAUUGAUACGAAUGAAGGCCGCUAAGGACGGAGAAAGCGUGUUUUACGAGACGAGCAUGGAAUCCGUGCUCGACGACUAUAGAUACGUAGAAGGUAUCAAUAUAGCACAUAGUGGAAAAUCAUCUGCUACAUUGUAUAGAUAUGGAAAGACAUUGAGCAGAAAGUGGAAGUUGGAAGAAACAUGGAAAAUUGAAGAGGUUGAUUUUAACAUUUGUGGGUUGUCUGUGGAGUACUUUUUGCCUCCAGCUGAUGUCAGGAAGGAACAAGAAAAUGAAGAACAAACAAUUUGA